UUGUCCAAUAAUUCUUCAUACUUUCCUUUCAUCAAGCCUUAUGAUUAUUUCUAUCCAGAAUCCAACCUCAGUGUGGUUUUAGUAUUUGUACAUAUACAGAAAACAGGCGGAACCUUUGUCGAAAGUGCUUUAACGAAAUCAGGUGUGGUUGGUUUUCCCUGUCGGUGUCUAACAAGAAAAGUUUGCAAUUGUAAUUUCAAGAACAAUAUAUGGCUCUUUUCACGAUUUUCUGUUGGGUGGAGGUGUGGUUUGCAUGCAGACUUUACAGAACUUCAAGAAUGUGUACCAGAAAUGCUUGGCCGGUUAGAGCAUUCCAAAAGAUCAAGGCGAUUAGUGUAUUUCACACUGGUCAGGGACUCGAUUGACCGAUAUAUUAGCGAAUAUUUGCAUAUGAGGCGUAAGCAAUCCUUUUGGAAUGGGUCGACAUUGCGUUGCAAAGGAAAAUCGCCUCCUCUUCACAAUAUCACUUGUGAUUUUGCCAAUGAUGUCACUAAUGCCUCUAAAUAUCUAUCAUUUUCUCGCUAUGUUAAUUGUUCGCACAGUCUUUCCAACAAUCGACAAACUCGGAUGUUAGCAUCUCUUGCUGAUUUGGACUGCUAUACACAUUUAAAUGAAUGGACACAACCAAUUCCUUCCAAUAUUUCUAUUUCUUCUCAUCAAGUCGACCUCCUUCUUUCUGCGGUCGACAAUCUUGCCACCAAAAUGGCGACUUUCGGAAUAAUUGAGCAUUCGGUUUACACCCAGUAUAUGUACAGAAUGAUUCUAGGUUUAAUAUUCAGGGUUCCCUUUGUGAAUAAAUCGAACGAUUCAUGGACAGCAGAGGCUUAUAAAAUCCCGGGAUAUUUACCUGAAAAUUGGGAAAGUUUAUCUGAAGAUAGGAACCGAUUGGAUAAAGCAUUUAUUUCAUUUGCUCGGGUUUUGUUUUCCCGAAGAUUGGCAGCACGCUUGAGAGCUGAAUCAUCUCUGCCUGUUAGGUGGAGGCUUCAACUGCGUCGAAUUGACUCGAAUCUACUGAUCUCGGAUGUAUACUUGGAGAGUGUUAUGUCUCGAUAUCUCACUCGACUCUUGCAAACUGAAACUAAACGUCGAUUAAGACUUGAAAACACGCAUUCUCUUUCUCCCAUACCUCCGUCAUGA